ACUUGAAAAAUUCAUCAUCAGCAAAACAUCUGGAUCCUUUAAAAAAGAAAUGUGGCCAGGGAGGGAUUGAUUCAUGUGUGCAAACCCACAUCCGAGAGGGGGAUUUCUGCCAUUGUUGUAGGAGAAAAGUACGUGGUUCAUGUCACUUCCUGCUCGACCCAGAAACAUUACAGCACUGGUAAUUCCAGGUACCUCUUUGGCCUGUGAUGGCACACCUCUUUCCAAUUUGACAAGAGUAUUUAAAGCUCGCUGCCAGAGACAGAAUUUUAUCGGUUCGUCCUUCAUCACUCGAGAUCAGAACAACCGAAGAGAAGGCUACGUGAGGAUGGCAAAGCUCGCUCUGUGUGUCUCCGUGAUCCUGGUGCUGCUGGUGGCGCUGGGCGAAAGCAAAGGUCCCCUCUGCUGCACACGUUACCAAGAAAAUCCAGUCCCAGAGAAGAGGCUGAAAAACUACAUGAUCCAGGAGGACACAGGUUUCUGCAACAUCAAGGCAGUGAUCUUCAAGACCAUAAAGAAUAGAUCUGUCUGUGCUGACCCGGAUGCUGAGUGGGUUAAACAGGCGAUGGAGGUGGUACCACCAAGACCUCGAGCAUGAUGAAGAUCACCUGAGGAAUCCAAUUUAAGGACACAAAGACGAGAUGAAUGUUUCAUUUUAGCCAAUAAAUAGAAUAUUUUUGUAUUGCCUUAAAUGUAUUACUUGAAUAAAAUUGGAUAUUUUUGUAAUAA